UGGUUCCGCUUCGGAUGCCAUCAAGCGGGAUCUCUGGUCGUAGUCAGUCCUUCACUAACCAAUCAGCAUUCAUUAGCAGAAUGCUAGCGUGUUGUGGGCAACAACGACUCACCCUGUAAGAAAUCAAAAGGACAUAAAUACUCGUUCAUUCAACUUUCGAUCUAUAAUCCAUGUUGAACAUGCACAAACUACAAUCAAAUCUGAGAUUUCUCAACGACAAUCAGGCGAAAGAGACCAAUUUAGCCAUUUAACCUACGUUCUCAUUUAGGCCUAGUUACUAAUUUACGCACUUCAGUAAUAGUAAUAUCAAAGAGUAUAGAAGCACGUUCUUUGGUAAUAUUUAAAACAUAAUUGGAAUUUUGGAUAGGAAUUUGCUUUGGAAUUUUGAGGACGAUCGAGCGACCGUGGCAUCUUGUCUGUGACGCUGCACCUGUGGUAUUUAAUUUGUAACCAUGGUAAUUCAGACAACAUCUGAAAAAAAUACGUUUAGUAAAAAAUGGUAAUAGCUAUUAAUAGUCUACCUACUUUUAAAACUUUUCGUGGUGGAAAAAGACAUGCAGUAGAAGUUUCAGACAUGAAAAGAAUGAAGGUGACCACUCUUAGUACUGAUAACAGUGAGCAGUGCCAUCCAAUGAAGACACAACACAGUGGUGAUGCCGACAACCAGACAGGGAACAACCAAAACCAAAUGGCCACAGAUGACACCUGGAGCGCUUUCAUGGACCUGCGCUACCACAUCCUUCAGCUGCUUUCCACCAAGCUCACCCCUUGCACACUGGAGGACUGCAAGGCCCGCCUUGAGGUCCUGAGGAAAUGCUCUUAUUACAUGGAUGUCCACCAGGACCUGUCUAUGGCUGACCAACAACAGCAGAAUGCUCUGUCCGAUUCCACCAUCCUUCACCUAAUUGAUCCCUGGAAGUUCCAGCGUAUGAAGAAGUUGGCCAACAGCCAAGUUAAGAUCCAGCUGAGUCUCCUCGAAGAGCUGUACGAGCAGAUCUGUCGGGGCAGGGCAGACUUGGAAGCUAUCGCCAACCAAUGCAGUCCCAGUACCUUUUGCCAAGACAACGCCCCCUUGAGGAAGAGAGUGGAGCAGCUUACCAUGGCGUUGGUGGACUUUGACUCCACGCUGUCGCCUGGUCGGCUGCAUGCCAAGCACCGGCUCAUCUCUGAAACGGGUAACACCAAGGUUCCCCAGCUCUGGCUGACACUCAACGUCAAGAUGCCUGUGAUGUUUGACAAGUCGCGAUCAGAAGCUCUAGCCAGCUUCACCCGGCUACACUGGUACAUUGCCGGGACAGAUCAGCAGGAUCCUGGGGAGCAGUUUGAGAUCCACCACAAGCUCAUCCAGCCCAUCAACACAGAUGAAGGCAACCAGACUGGGAUGGUCACUUGCUCCGGCAAUCACAUUCAGAUUAACAACCUACUGCCGGAAAGAUGCUACGAAUUCACGGUCAAGAGGGCAGACACGUGUUAUUUGGUGUACGGCUUCUGGAAUGAGACCAUCAUCCUCCGCACUGCCGCCAUGUCCCCCGGGGGUCAGGUGGGGAGCCGGGAGAAGAAGAGAAGGCUGUGUCUCUGGUAGUGUGAAUGAACAUGGAUACAUAGCUUCAUAGAAGAAGAAAAACGUUUUACAUUUUAUAUCUCUCUAAUAAACUAAACAAGGUUUUGUCUUGGUGA